UUGAAUACCCUAAAUUCUGUAGGAGUCGUCCUGUAGACCUGAAAUGGUUUAAGUUUUUAGCUUAUUUCAAGUUAUUAAAAUUAGUAAAUCGCGAAAGUAGCGCACGUGAGUGGGCUAAUAAGUGUAGAAAAAUAUAAAUAUGUCUUUUUACGGGAGUCGAUAUUUUGGUGAUAUUGUCCAUGGGGAACUAGGGAAAGACCUGUUCCGGUACCAUGGUUUUGUGAUGAUAGUAGCAGUGGCUGUGUUGGUCUUUGUUAUAUAUAUAGGAUGCGUAAUCCUUCUUACUAAAUUUUCUUAUCGCCAUUUCUUGAACCGUCAACGAUUAGAAUUUUGAUGGACUAUUGUGCCAAUGUUGAUGUUAGUAGGGUUGUGGUUUCCUUCUAUAAUUAACCUAUAUUAUAUAGAAGAAGUAAAACGGCCCCGGUGAAAUUUUAAGGCGAUUGGGAAACAAUGGUACUGAUCUUACGAAUUUUGUCGCAAUUUAGACACUCCAAGCUCUAGAGAAAGCGCUGAAAGAAUUUCGUGUUAUACAAUUGAUUCUUACAUAGAAGACCAGCAGGAGACAUUUAGAAAAGGAGGGUAUCGUUUGUUGGAUGUUGAUAACCGGAUGGUGGCUCCAGCAGAUGUGCAAAUAACUGCUUUUGUAAGAAGGUCUGAUGUGCUCCAUUCGUUUGCACUCCCUAAGUUACUAAUUAAAGUAGAUGCCAUCCCAGGUCGAAUUAAUCGGCUUCCUAUAAAAGCUUCCCAGUGUAGAAUUAUUUACGGGCAGUGUUCUGAAAUUUGCGGGGUUAACCAUAGAUUUAUACCGAUUGUGAUUGAGUUUAUUCCUGAGAAAUAUUUUGUCAUAUGGUUGGAAGCUCUUAACUAA